AUGGCUUCCACCUUAUUCUUCCUCCCUUCACCUAAAACCACUGCUUCCCCCUCCAACAGACUCUCCGUUCCUGGGUUUCGUCCUCCGAGACUUCACUCGCUUAGAUGGCGACCGGCAGUUUCCGUCAGGGCCAGCAUCGCCACCAAACCACGGCCCACGGUCGUCCCCUUUGACCCCGCCGUCGAGACCAAACAGGACGUCGGCAGCGGCCGGAAGCUGGCGGCGUGGACCAGCAUCCGACAGGAGCGGUGGGAAGGGGAGCUGGUCGUGGAGGGAGAGAUCCCACUGUGGCUGUGCGAUUUGCAGAAGGGCACGUACCUGAGGAACGGCCCGGGCAUAUGGAACAUCGACGACUACAACUUCCGCCACCUCUUCGACGGCUACGCCACCCUCGUCCGCGUCUGUUUUGAGCACGGCGGCGUCACGGCCUCGCACCGACAGAUCGAGUCCGAGGCGUACAAAGCCGCCAUGACGAACCGGCGGCUCUGCUACCGCGAGUUCUCCGAGGCCCCCAAACCUACCAGCUUCCUCGCCUACGUGGGCGAACUCGCAAGCCUCUUGUCCGGUGCGUCCCUCACCGACAACUCCAACACCGGCGUGGUAAGGCUCGGGGACGGCCGAGUGGUGUGCCUCACCGAGACCGUCAAGGGCUCCGUCCAGAUCGACCCUGACACGCUCGACACCGUAGGGAGGUUCGUGUACGAAGACAACUUGGGCGGGCUAAUACAUUCGGCGCAUCCGAUAGUGACCGAGUCGGAGUUCCUGACGCUGUUGCCGGACUUGGUGAGGCCGGGUUACCUGGUGGUGAGGAUGGAGCCCGGCAGCAACGAGCGGAAGGUGGUGGGGAGGGUGAAUUGCCGGGGCGGGCCGGCUCCCGGGUGGGUGCACUCCUUCGCUGUCACGGACCGCUACGUGGUGGUGCCGGAGAUGCCGCUGAGGUACUGCGUGCACAACCUGCUGAGGGCUGAGCCCACGCCGCUGUACAAGUUCGAGUGGCACCCCGAGUCUGGCAGUUACAUGCACGUCAUGUCCAAGGCCACCGGAAAGAUCGUGGCCAGCGUUGAAGUCCCUCCGUUUCUGACCUUCCAUUUCAUCAAUGCAUACGAGGAGGUAGACGAAAACGGAAGAGUCACCGGAAUCAUAGCCGAUUGCUGUGAGCACAACGCCGACACCAGCAUCCUGGACAUACUUCGCCUCCAAAAUCUGAGAUCAUUUACUGGUCUGGAUGUACUACCUGAUGCUAGGUAUACUAAGUUACAUACAUUCUACUCCGAGAAACAUUGA